AGUUGUCUAUCAGAUAAGUUUUUGUAGCUCAAAGAUAAGAUACAAUUGAACAUUUAAUACAGAUACAACGUUAAGUUAUGUAACAUGGCAGUACUGUUUGUAGUGUUGGCCUUAGGACACGGGAUUUUUUGUUACACCCCCAAUCAUUCACAAAUAUGUUCAAAAUCACUGCAAACUUGCUGAGGAAAAUUAAACCACAAUCUUUAGUGUGGCAAAGACAUUUGACCUCUGGUAGCGUAGAAGUUCCCCUGAAACAAAAGAUGGAAGGCAAAUUUUUGAAUAAAGUGUUGAGUCUGGUUCUCAAGGAGAAAAUAGUCGCUGGUGUUGACGAAUCGGCAAAGGUGGUUGAAUUUAAACAUCCAAGAGAACUACAGGAGCUGUUGGAGUUCACUGUAGGCCAAAACAGUUUACCUAUAGAUGAAAUAAUGAAAGUUCUGGAAGAGGUGGUGAGAUACAGUGUCAAGACUUGUCACCCUCACUUCUACAAUCAGCUUUAUGGAGGCAUUGAUGAGAUUGGCCUAGCUGCAUCGUGGUUGUCGUCUGCUCUGAAUACCAAUCAACACACAUUCGAGGUGGCGCCAGUGUUCAUACUAGUAGAACAUUAUAUUAUAGGGUAUCUUGUCAAGCUGUUUGGCUGGGAUGAUGGUGAUGGCUUAUUUUGCCCAGGUGGCAGUAUGAGUAACAUGUAUGGCAUGCAGUUAGCCAGAUACAGACUAUAUCCAGAAAGUAAAUCUACAGGUGUUUUUGGGAUGAAACCACUAAUAGCAUUCACUUCUGAUCAGGCACAUUAUUCAAUUAAAAAAGCUGCAUCAUGGAUGGGGCUAGGAAUGAACAAUGUUGUAGCUGUAGCCACUGAUUCACAUGGCAGAAUGCUUCCUGAAGCCUUAAGGGAGGCUGUCCAGCAUGCCAGGAAAUGUGGUGGUGAACCUUUCUUUGUGAAUGCAACCUCGGGCACUACAGUUUUGGGAGCGUUUGAUCCUCUCGAUCAGUUGGCAGAUGUUUGCGAGGAAGAACAGCUUUGGCUCCAUGUAGAUGCAUGCUGGGGAGGAUCUGUUAUACUAUCUCAGAAGCACAAGCAUCAUCUCCAAGGCAUACACAGGUCAGAUUCAAUUGCUUGGAACCCUCAUAAGAUGCUAGGAGUCCCUCUUCAGUGCUCAUCAUUUAUUGUCAGACACAAGGGGAUGCUGCAGGAGUGCAACUCUGCAAGUGCUUCAUAUCUGUUCCAGCAAGACAAGUUUUAUGAUGUUAGUUUUGAUACAGGAGACAAAAGUUUCCAGUGUGGCCGGAAAGUAGAUGCUUUUAAAUUAUACUUCUUUUUGAGUUCACAUGGUCUUGGUGAAAUGGAAAGAAGAGUGGAUGCAGCUUUUAGGGCAUCAGAAUACUUACAUGAUCAAGUUCAAACUAGACCAGGUUUCAGAGCAGUUUUGGAUGCACCUCAAUGUACGAAUGUUUGCUUCUGGUAUAUUCCUACCAGUAUGAGACACCAACCAGAAACUCCAGAGUGGUGGAACAAGCUUUCACAGGUUGCACCAAAACUCAAGGCAAAAAUGGUUGAAAAUGGUGAGCUAAUGAUUGGUUACCAGCCAGUGCCAGAUAAAGGUUUGGUAAAUUUCUUCCGUCUGGUUAACUACUGCUCACCAUCUCCAACUCAAGAACAUAUGGACCAUGUACUAGAUGUCAUACAACGAUUAGGGGAAGAAAUUGAAAACUUAUAAGGUAGGGAAGAUAGAAAAUGCAACAUUUUAAUUUGUCUCCAUAAAUGAUGACUGUCUUA